GAGGAGAGCGACGACGAAUUGGAAAAGUUGUUCGCGCCGGGCGGGAAGGGGAAGCGCAGAAAGAAGAGCGAUGAGACGGCGAGAAUGGAGGUGUUAGACUUUUUGUCCAAGAUGGAGAUCGCGGUGGAGGAAGACGCGCGGGCGUACGCCGCGGGGAAGCCGGCGGUGAAGAAGUUGAAGCUCUUGCCGGAGGUGGAACGCAAGUUGAAAAUGGUGGAAUUGCACGAAGCAUUUUUGCGCCACGGGCUCUUGAGCGUCCUUCGAGCGUGGUUAGACUUGUUGCCCGAUGGAAACUUGCCCAACUUGACCAUACGUACGAGCUUAAUCAAGCUCAUCGAGCAGUUACCCGUGUCGACGGAUUCGCACGAACGCAAGGAUGAGCUCAAGCGAUCGGGACUGGGUAGAAACAUCCUAUUCCUGUCCACGCUCGAGGAAGAGACGCCAAAAAACAGAACUGUGUGCAAGAAGCUCGUGGAGAAGUGGUCGCGUCCGGUGUACGAACUUUCGUCGCACUACGGCGAUAUUCACGUCGGCCGGGAAACCGUCGAUACGGACGAACGUCGCCCGAAAAAGAGCAAGACGAGCGCUGUCGACCAUUCCGCCGACUAUGGUGAGCGCGGUUACCGCCACCACGCCAUGGUUCCCGAGCGUUCGUCGACGCAGUACGUCAAGCAGCCGCGUCUCGAAAUCGACCCGAGCGAAAUCAAAGCUCGCACGCAAACCGCCGACCAGCGUCGCGUUCGUCAGCUCGUGGGCAAAGUCGCCAAAAACAAAAGUAAGGGUGGUCAAGCGUACACGCCCUCGGUCGAGGGUCGAGGUUUG